AUGGGGUUCAUGGUGGCACAAAAAGGAGGUCCGAACAGGGUGGAAUUCACAAAAAAAGAUCUAUACAAUCAUUUUGACAGAUCGAGGCGUACAAAGAUAAAAGAUGGUGAUGCACAUGCAGUAUUGAGUUACCUAAUUUCUAAGGCAGAUGAAGAUUCACUAUUGCAAGGGAAGUUUACUUUGAAGGAUGGUAAGUUUGAUAAUUUAGUGUGGACCGAUGGAUCUAGCAUCACUGAUUACCAAUGUUUUGGUGAUGUGUUAGCCUUCGACACGACAUACCAAAAAAAUAAGUAUAAUAGGCCGUUGGUUGUCUUCUCAGGAACAAAUCAUCAUGGACAAACAUGCAUUUUUGGUUGUGGUUUAUUAUCCGAUGAGAAGCGAAAAAUCUAUGUUUUGGUGUUGAAUAUGUUCAUGGAGAUAAUGGGUAAUAAACAACCUAUAGCUGUGGUGACAGAUGGAGAUCUUGCAAUGAGGGAGGCAAUAAAAGAAGUUCUUCCAAACGCUGCACACCGUCUUUGUGCAUGGCAUCUCUACCGUAAUGCCUGUGAAGCUAUAAAGAAUUCAAAAUUCUUAGAUGGGUUAAAGCACCUAAUGUAUGGAAAUUUUUUUUCUGAAGAGUUUGAGAGAAGAUGGCAUAACUUGAUAUCUGAGUAUGGGCUUUCUGAGAAUGAAUGGUUGCAAAAGACAUACGGAAUCAAAGAAAUGUAG